AGUCACACAACUUAUACAUAAAAUCGCCAGACAUUUGCAAGGAAGAGCACACCAUAUUCUUUAGCACCUGCACUUAAUACCUGAGAAGAUAAUCAUUUGUUGGAAAAAUUAUCUGAGAGGUAAUUGUUCCUACUCUGCUAAAGCAAAACCAGUUCUGUUUGGAUCAGCAAAGGCACCAGAGGCGAAUUCAUCACCACCCAAGGACCUUUGUUGGCCGUCUCAUCAGGCGGAGGGAAUCCAGUAGCCUCAAACGCCACAAUGAGUUCAGUGGCGGGGUUACGCUCCGGAUUUGGGUCCUCCGGCACGUCGUCUGGGUUUGUGACCCUUGAAGAGAAGAGAGAAGGGAGUCCAGGUACGGUCACCUUUACAAAGGUGUCCAAAACCUACACAGCAUCAUCUCCUAUUUUGAAGGAUCGGAAGCUCAUGGUAACCAUGGCAGGAAAUAACGCUGAUGUUUUUGACGGGAGUUCAGGCACAGACUCAUCUCCUGAGUAUUCCAGGAAGGAGUAUGGCUCCUUAAAGGUACCGUCAAGUUCCACCACACGAGGGAGAUCUCAGAGUCGAGAGAGUGAGAUUCGAGCCAGGCUUCAGAGCGCUUCUCCUUCAGCAAGUUGGACCGAACUGGAUGAUGUGAAGCGUCUGCUGAGAGGAAGUCAGUCUGAGAACACCAGCACCAUUCAGUCUCCGAACAACUCUUUGCCCAUUCCCAAGAAGGCCACUGUCGAAACGAGAACCGUGUCUGAGAGCACCAGCACCAUUCAGUCCACAAACAACUCUUUGCCCAUUCCCAAGAAGGGCAUUGUAGAAACUCGAACCUUGUCUGAGAGCACCAGCACCAUUCAGUCUCCUAACAACUCACUCCUCAUCCCCAAGAAGUCCAGUGUGGACACUAGGAUUGUAUCUGAGAGCACCAGCACUAUUCAGUCGACCAACAACUCGCUGAUUAUUCCCAAGAUCACCAGUCUGGACACCAGGAUCGGGACAGACGUCUCAAAACCAGGUCUGUCCACAGCUCCAGAUCCCUAUGGUGGUGUUUGGCCUGGAAGUAUUAACAGCAGCUACAGCUACAAUACAAACCCCAACAACUUAACCACCACAUCUACCAUUUACCACUCAGGAGGUGGGCGAGGAGGAAGAGGAGUAGCAGGAGGCGGAGGAGGUGUUCAGAAGAAUAUGGCCUUUAGCUCUCCCCCUGUGCACAGUGGACUAUCUGUCAGCAGCACUGUGCCAGUGUAUGGUGUUCAGAAUAACCUCAUCAGUACCACCAGCCCUCCUGCUACCAUCUCUCCAGCUGGAACAAACACUGAAAUAGUUUAUGGCGUGCAGAAAAAUGUCUCCAGCCCUGCAGUCAGCACAACUACAGUGCGCCCCAGCAGUCCUUCUAUUGAUGAACCUUUGGGCAAAGAUUAUAAGUUUACGAUGAUAGAAAAGGACAAUACGCCUGUCAAGAAGGAAACAGAGCGACUUGUCAUGACCAAAGACACAGGCAAACAAUUCAUGUCUGCUGCUCCUGCAACUUCUUCAAUGUCUGCUGCUACCUACUCUGAUGACUCACUGAUGAGAGAGAAACACAAGUUUUCAAUGGGCACAAUGAAUGACGAAAGGGAUGCUAAAGCUGCACUCCUGAAAUAUGGCUCAAAAGAUAAAGUUGGCUGUGCAGAUGUGUGCAACGACGGCUCAUGCUUCGGCUUGAGCCGCUGCUGCCGCUGCAGUUGGUGGAAGUGGCUGCUGGGCCUCCUACUCAGCCUCCUCCUUCUUCUUGGUCUCCUCUUUGGACUCAUCGCUUUGAGUGAGGAAGUGAAACGGCUCAAGAAGCGAGUUGAAGCUGUGGAAGCCAUCACCGGCACUGCGUCAUCGAGGACUAGUCGUCUCUCUGGCAUCAACAUUGCCGAUCCGCUGGAUUCCAAAUACACGGACAGGAGUUAUUCUGGUUCCACACUGACUCACUCUGAUAAUGGAAUUGGUGUAGGGACUGCAAGAGGUUCAGGGGGGGACUUGCAGAGAACUGUCCAGCAGCUGGUGAGAAGUGAACUACGCUCUGAUGCUUUUAGAGACUCAUUGAAAGGAGCUAAAGGAGACCCUGGGAUGAAAGGUGAUCCAGGUGUUCUUGGGCUUCAAGGUGAUGCUGGAUUUCCUGGCCUACCAGGUCCUCCUGGACUGGUGGGCAACCCAGGAACAGAAGGACCCAGAGGUCCAAAGGGAAGCACAGGUGAUCCAGGUCUUCAGGGAUUACCAGGUCCAAAGGGUUUGGAUGGGCCAUCAGGAGUGCCUGGACUACCUGGUUUUGGACAGAAAGGAGAGAAAGGAUCUCAUGGCGAUCCGGGACCAGUUGGGGCUCCUGGACAAAUGGGGCUGAAAGGUGCUCUUGGUCCAAAGGGUUCCCAGGGUGACAAUGGAUAUCCAGGACAAAAAGGAACACCGGGCUUGCCAGGAAUCAAAGGGGCCUUGGGAGAGAGGGGACCUCGUGGCCCAGCAGGUGAACCUGGAAGAGAGGGACAAAAGGGCUCCAAGGGAAAUGCAGGCGAGGCAGGUUCAAUGGGACCAUCUGGGGCGAGGGGAUCAGCUGGGCUUCCUGGAGAUGACGGUCUUUCAGGUCCUCCAGGAAAUCAAGGCCCACCAGGUGUUCCUGGAAUCCCAGGACAGCCUGGUGCAAAAGGUGAAAUGGGUCCAGCUGGUCAAGUCAUUUCUGCAGCUGGCUCAGACACGGUCGCCAUCCCUGGACCACCAGGACCGACUGGACCUCCGGGUCCUGCUGGAGUUCCUGGUUUGUCUGGUCCCAUCGGUCCAACUGGAAACCCUGGUCUAAAAGGAGACAGAGGAGAGAAAGGGGAUAGAGGUGUGAGAGGAGAAGCUGGCACCAGCGUCACACGUUCAGAAACUGUCAGUUCAACACGAACUGGUAGUCUGUCUUCAUCGGCUGGGGUGACGGGCCCUCCAGGACCGCCAGGGCCACCGGGAGCUCCAGGUCUUCAAGGUCCUCCUGGUGAGUCAAGACAAGGUCUACCUGGGCGUAGAGGUCCGCCUGGAGAGCCAGGUAUUGGAGCACCUGGACCCGCAGGGCCAAAAGGAGAUGCUGGCAACUUUGUCCCUUCAUCAGGAACCUUCUUUGCUGGACCCCCAGGACCACCUGGACCUCCUGGACCCCAGGGCCCACAGGGUGAGCGAGGACUCCGAGGUUACCAAGGAGAAGCAGGUCAGCCAGGUUUGGCAGGAAUUCCAGGAGAACCAGGUGAUUCCGGAUUCUCUGGAGUCUCUCUCGGGGGCACAUCAAGACGAGGAUUACCCGGACCUCCUGGACCACCAGGUCCACCUGGAAGAGGUUGGAGUGCAUCAGGUUCAAGUGAAAUGGGCCAGUACAUUGCAGAGUACAUCCAGACUGGGAAUUUGAAGCAGUACCUGACGGGGCCUCCGGGGCCUCCAGGGCCUCCAGGGGUCUCAGCGGCCUCAGGUGCCGAGAUGGUGGAUGAUGUCGCAAGCCGAGUCAUCGCCUACAUUCAGAGUCAAGGCAGAGGAAAUAGUGGGACCUCCAGUUCUCUUGGUCUGACUCUUCAGAGCGGCUCCUUUUCUGUCGAUGACCUCAUCGCCAUUUUACAGCGAGAUGACGUGAGAAGGUAUGUUGCUGGUCCUCCUGGCCCACCAGGGCCCCCUGGAGCACCAGGUCAUGGAAGCUAUAGAUUUGACAUGGAGGAGGUAGCUGAACGUGCCCUCAGUCUGAUGAAAGAAAGGGGCAUGGUGGGUGUAUCUGGACAAGGAUAUGGCCUCUCAUCUAAGUAUCAUACUGCUGUUGGACCCCAGGGGCCACCCGGUGUACCCGGUCCACCUGGACCACCUGGAGCACCAGGAAGUGGAAACUACUUGAGCUCAGAUGUUCGUGAAUACUUGCAAAGUAUUGCCGGUCAAGGUCUUCCAGGUCCACCCGGUCCCCCUGGACCUAUGGGUCCACCUGGUACCAGCACCGAACUUACCUACAUUGAAGGUGUCACCGGUGAGACGAUCAGAGCAGAUAGGCGGGAAUAUGUCAGCAGUGACAGGACAAGAGGAAGUAUGUUUGGCAUUCCUGGUCCACCCGGCCCUCCUGGACCCCCGGGAGAAAAGGGAGAUUCAGGCGUAUCUGGUGGUAGAAACUGGAACCUGGACACUGGAGACUACUCCAGUAUGGCUGUCCGAGUAACAGAUUAUAUCAAAUCCCAGGGCCUGCUCCGGGAUGUUGUGAGGGAAUCUGGUGGUGCUGGCCAAGGUCCUCCUGGACCUCCUGGUCCUCCGGGAACUCCUGGAUACAGCCAAUGGUUUAGUUCUCAAGAUAAUGUUGUGGAUGUGGUGGCGUACCUCAAAUCCCAAGGUCUGCUCUAUGACUCUGGGAGAGAUCAAUAUGGCCAUGCUGGGCAGGGAGUCAGAGGACCACCUGGGCCUCCUGGACCCCCAGGGUCCAUGCUUUGGCUUGGCACUCAUGGGAACGCAACAGAUCUGGUGGAAUACAUAAGAUCUAACGGUGUGUUACACGACAUCAUCAGGGACUACAGCAAUCACAUCUUCCAAGGACCUCAAGGCCCACCUGGUCCUCCAGGUGCGCCGGGCCACAGUCAAGGCUUUGGUUUCAGUGGGAAUUACACACAUCUUGUGGAAUACCUCCAAUCACACGGUCUGAUUGGUGACAGUAGAUGGAGCAGCUAUGACCGCACUGCUCAAGGGCCACCAGGACUGCCCGGGCCUCCAGGAGCUCCCGGAUACAGCCGAGUGUUUGGCUCCCAAGAAAAUGUCACUGAUUUAGUGGAAUUCAUCAGAGUACACGGUGCCAUUGUCGGAGCACCAGGACAAAAAGGGGAAAUAGGAUUUCCAGGCCCUAAAGGAGACAGAGGUGACCGUGGUUAUCCAGGCCAGCAAGGACCCAAGGGAGAAAAAGGCGACUUCUCAGUGAUUUCAAGGAGAGCAAAGAGGCAUGUUGUGGUCUGAGUCACAUGACUAUGGGGAUGAAAGUGCACCAUUGUUUUCAUGUACGUUUGUUUGUUUUGCCACAGCAAAUGUAUGCUACAUUCUUUUUUUUCCAUGACUGUAUCCGCUUUGCUGUAGGAAUUGUACCGAAUGACUUUCAAACCAAUAGCCCAAGCUUUUUAAUGUGACUUUACGUGUCAAUUUAGACACAGCGAUGCAAUGAAACAAACUGCUGUUAUCAUUUUCAGAGUGUGUAUAUAUGUUGUACUUAUGUGCAAUUAAAUGUAGCUUUUGACUAAUUUAGUGGACCAACUUUACAAAGCUGGGGUUUACGUACGGGUUUCACACACACACACACACACACACACACACACACUAUGAGGUUAUUGACUUUCACAUAUACAGUAGUAGGUGAAACUAUAUUAUCGUUCUUU